GCUCGGUGAAGCACGACGGUGGAGUUGGGGCUCAGCAGUAUUGGGGUUCCUGUAUUACAACAUGUGCAAGGCCGCCAAAGCGAACAGGAGAAAUAUUGGGGGAUGCUUGCUUCUAUUGCAGAUUUGGGCGUGGGAGAGAUUGCCCAUGGUGCGGCCGCGAAACGUUUUGCCAUAUGAGAAUCUACAGGAUAUGCCCUAUGGGUGCAGGUGGGCAUGUCGGCACAAUUGGGAACAAAGUUCUCGGUAUACUCUACGUAUUUAUCGAGAUCAGUUGGACGGGAUCCGAGAGAACGAGUUCGUGUGGCGCCCAUACGCAUUACAAGCCCUCCCCAGGUUCUGCGUCGCGGGAGUAGAUUUGUGGACAUCUAAUGUCAUGCUUAUAUAUUGUGACAUUUCUGAGAUGUACUACCCCGGUAGAUUUUGUCGUCAAUUCGGUGCAAUGCAACAUAUUCCUCCCGCAGCGGAAUCACAAGCUAGCCACCAUGCAAGUGGUGCAAAAAAUUCUGGAUGGCCAUUGACACUAUGGGCGGUGAGGCACAAUCGUCGUAUCGCAUUUGAGUUCGUUGAUCAUCCCACCUACACUCCUGCGUACCGUGAAUGGUACGCAAAUGUCGGGAAACGACGGAUUUGCAAUCCGUUACAUGGUCGACCUACAACGGGUUAUGUAACUACUAACAGGGAGACAAGUACACUAAUGCAAUGUAUGGGCGAUAUCUAUCGGCGCAUGGCAGCUCCAUUUGACGUCGAAGACAUUCGCGAGCAAAUUGCACGAUGCCUUACAGGAUUAGGUGCCGAGAAUGUGCUUCAUCAAGAUAUCAUUUUCUAUGGGGAUGCCCAUGAUGAUGCAGUGGAUGAUCAUCCUCCACUUCGGCAAGACCGUAGAAGAGUCGCGGCCACUAGAGGUCGGCGUUACGGACGCGGUUAUGUUGCUCCACACGUCGACAAUGAUGAUGGUGAUGAUGAUAAUCACGAUGAUGAUAAUGAUGAUGAUGAGGAGGAGGAAGAGGAUGACGAAGAUGGUGGUGAAGAAGAAGGACAACCAUCUUCACAUAUUCAUUCACACAUCCCUUCCUCAUCUCAUGUACCUAAUCAAUACUCUACACCGACUAGUGCAUACAUUCCGAC